CGCACGACGACGCGCGACACGACGCAACAUGGCCGUGGAAGUACCACUUGUUAAAGAAAUUGAAAAACAUCAAUGUUUAUACAACUUCAACAUGCCGGAGUACAACAGGAAAGAUGCACACGACGACGUCUGGGCCGAAGUCGCGGCUAAUGUCAACUUAACAGUCGCCGAAUGUAAAGACAAAUGGAAGAACAUACGGUCCUCUUUCGUUCGAAGUUUAAAGUAUACCGAAGGGAAGAUGAAAAAGCCGUACUAUUUGAGCAACUACCUACAGUUCAUUUUGCCAUAUCUCAAACCAAUAACUGGUAAUAUUGACAUCAAUCUUUCUGAGCCAUCUGAUGGAGAAACACUCGAGAAUACGUCUAUUGAUGACAAUUUGGGGAUCAAAAUUGAGCUUUUGGACGGAGAACAGAUGAGUUUGGACACGUUAGAUGCUCCUGUAGUUAUUGAAAAUCCUAUAGAGUUACAAACGGAGAGACCCGGUAUACGGAAGCGGAGACGACAGACGAUAGCAAUGAAACACAACCCCACAAACUAUCGCAACAAAAGCAAAAGGCUGCUUCAAACAAUAACCACUCCGCGGACAGAUAACUCUUCAAUGAAAUACUUCCUACUCAGUUUGUUAUCAGAAUUCGAUUCAAUGAGCGAAGAACAAGUGAGAACGUUCAAAAUUAAAGUCAUGAUGCUAAUAGACGAUAUAAAAUCGACCAAAUCACAGUUGAAGCAGGAAUUCACAUCUGCAAAGGAAAAUGAAAGGUUACAGAAGCGACUGAUAAAUCUUUUAUUGAAAAAAAUUGAAAAUUCCUCAUAGCUUUAAUUAAAAUUUUAAGUUAAGAAAUAAGUACCUACUUACUUACUAAA